CCUUUUAUCAGAGCAACUCUCGCAAACCUUCAAUCUCAAGUCUCUUUCUUAUCCAUCAUGGCCAACGUUUACUUCGACAUCACCAUCAACGGUAACCCAUCCGGGCGCAUCGUUUUCAAGCUCUUCGAUGACGUUGUACCGCGAACCGCGAGAAACUUCCGCGAGUUGUGCACCGGUCAAAACGGUUAUGGAUAUGCUGGCUCUGGCUUCCAUCGCAUCAUCCCAUCCUUCAUGCUUCAGGGUGGUGACUUCACCAGAGGCAACGGAACUGGUGGCAAGUCUAUCUACGGCGAGAAGUUUGCUGAUGAAAACUUCCAACUAAAGCACACCAAGCCCGGACUUUUGUCCAUGGCAAACGCAGGCAAGAACACCAAUGGCUCGCAGUUCUUCGUCACCACCAUCGUCACUAGCUGGCUCGACGGUGCUCACGUAGUGUUUGGUGAGGUUGUCGAGGGCAUGGACCUUGUGAAGGCGAUCGAGAAGUACGGGACUGAAUCUGGCAAGCCUAAGGCCGAGAUCAAGAUCGCCGCUAGCGGUACAGUGUAAGAUAUGUGACUAAUGCAGAAAGGUUCGGAGAAAGAAGAUACUUUUAUUCGUCACGAAUGAGUUGUACGUUGUUAGAAAACCAGUAUUACUUAUGAUCUUAUCGAUAUGCAAUUCAAUCGUAGAGAUUAGAUGAUCA